AUGGAGACCUUCACGGCUCAGGCUGUGUAUCUUUCAACGACCCUCUAUGUCAUUGACUCCAAAUUGCUUCGGGCCAGUGAAUCGGGAUUCUUCGACCUGGAUAUCGAACUUAUGCCGCCAGGUAUUCAAAGUACUGUAGUACCCACGCAACUCCUAGAUUCCACAAUUCAGUUUUCUGACUGAUUUUCUUGAACAUAGGUAGUAUAAUGGAUGCCCGGACUGCAGCUCUAAACUUCAUCGUUGACCGUAUAGAGAACCAGUUAAAGCUCCUUCGCGAUUCUGAGACUCUCGAGUGUACCCGAGGCGACAAGAGCUGUGACUUUCUGGUCUUCUCGGUUCUGGUCACUGGCCUUGCUAAACAGCGCUUUUGGCCUUUAAGUCGUGUUGCUGCCUUCCAAGGUCCUUUUGAGAUGAUACUUUCAAAACUUGCUUUUGCGAGAGAGGAACUUAAACCAAACAGCUAUUACGAGUACCGGUAUGAAGAGUGUCGUAAGCUGGAGUUGGAGCCGGUUUUUGAAGAGGCGCGUAUGGUGCUUGGAAGGGAGAUAGUUCGGCUGGUUAAAAAGGCUCCCGGUCAUGGGUUUUCGCUCGAGUUAUCUUAGUUGUAGGGCGGGAUCACGAUGGGCGGGGUUGAAGAAUUGGCGAAGGAUUACAAGACUUUGAGCAGCCGUGCAGAAGGCUUGUUACUGAUGGAUGAUAUGUCACAAUCUUGGGGUGGAUUCCUAUUUUGAGGAAUAUCUCAACAUACUUGAAUCAUUCCCAGUAUCGCUGGAUUUAGAGCAACAGAUUCCUGGAGAACUUGGGCUAAACAUACGCUGAUUCUUUAGAAUUGAACUAUUGAAAUAUGACUCAGGAUCCAGUC